AUGGAUUCAUCCCCCAGGCCCUCGUCAUUCAGUCCAUCCCCCAGCCGAGUGGGCCAUAUCGUCGAGUCAUUAAUUUUUCCCUGUGGUAGGGAGUUUGAAGAUAAGGACCCUAGUUUGGGUUUUGAGGAGGCAUGGAGUUACGGUUGUUGCCCCACCGAGAUACAAAUAUUCCUUGUAACCAGACGGAAAGGCGCCGGUGGCGGUAGUGGUGGUGGGGGAGGAGCUAGAGAAGGAUGGGGGAACAAUUGUCGGUUUGGUAACCCCAAUAAUAGAAGGGUUGACGCGCACGUGCGUCAUGUGUGCCUUGGUGUCCCCUUCUCCUCUCUUCUCGCCCCCACUUCAGCCUACCCUCUCUCGUGUCCGUCAGCCCAUCGCAGUCCAUGGCACUUGCGCGCCACAACCCUCACACACCCAAACACAGACACACGAAUAGCUCCCAAAUUCACAGAACAACCCAAAAUUCGAAAGAUUGGCAAAGCCGUAGAAUUUGAAUGCAUUCUGGAGGCCAAGCCAAUCGGUGACGUGAGGUGGUCCAAAGCCGGGGCGCUCAUCAAUCCCGGGGGUCGGUAUACCAUUAAAGCGGUCACCAAUGGUAACAAACAUGUGCUAACCCUACAAAUCGCGGACAUAAAUGCCAACGAUGGGGGAGAGUAUGUGGUCUUCUCAAAAAAUGCCAGUGGUGAAGCCUCCGCCAACAUUAAGCUGAACCUCGGACAGUCCAAGCCCCAAUUGAAAGCGCCUAAAUUUCCCGAAAAACCGGUCAUCCGAAAAGACGCUGCAACCGGAGAAAUUGUCCUCGCCUGCAGCCUGGAAGGCAACCCCCGACCCGAGUUGACCUACUUCCUCAAUGACAGACAGAUAUCUUCACAGCCAGGAAAAUUAACCUUUAUCUACAAAGAGGCUGGAUCGGAUGUCUAUGAUUGCGAGAUUCGAAUUGCCAAUCCCACUCCGAAUGAUGGCGGAGGCUACAAAAUUAAAGCAGUCAAUUCGGCGGGCGAGAGCAAUGCUUCAAUCAAUCUUAAUCUAUCAGCCAAAGCCUCGAAAGACGAGGCGCCCAAAUUUCAGCCUUCAUCGGUGCGCAAAGAUGGCAAAGCUGUUGUCAUUGAGGCUCGAUGUACUGGUGUUCCUGCUCCAAAAUUUAACUGGACUAAGGGAGGCGUGGAGCUGAAACCACGCGUUGGAAAGUACGAACUGAGCAGCAGGAUUGAUGGACCCGUCUUCGUCCAAAUUCUUCGUAUUCUGAACUUCAUCGACGUCGAUGCCGACGUAUAUGUCUGCAAUGCUAAGAACAUGGCGGGAGAGAGUAAAGCCACGCACACAAUCAAAGUACCCAAGAUUAUAGGGGCUCCCAAAGUGACAUAUGUAAUGAAGCAGGCUGUUGUGGAGCUUCAAGCCGAAGCUGCUGAACAGGAACCCACUAUAGUGUGGCGGAAGAAUGGCAAAACUGUCACUCUGGACAACCGUUUCAAGCAAUCCAUUCGUACUGAAGGCGGCAGAGUAAUUAUCACCCUCUCUGUUGACCCCGUAACUGAAGCUGACAACGGAACUUAUGAGUGCGAAUUAACCAACUCCUACGGUUCCACGAAGUCCCAAUUCGUCAUCAAAGCUGCAAAAGAUGAAGGUGAAUUGCCAAAACUGGUGUCAAAACCCUCUGAUGUGUCUGAAGAGGAAGGUGGGCAACUUGAUCCACGUGACCUUGUUUAUUCACCACCACUGACGCACUUGACAGCAAUUGUUCGACUUUUAGGUUCCACUUUGUCUAUGCGGAUGAAUUAUAGUGGAUCAACAGCCCCCACAGUGAAGAUUUCACGCCGUGGAGUUGACGUGACACUGGACUCCCGAGCCCUCGUCAAAGUCGACCACCCAAAUAAAUCUAUCAGUCUUACCAUUCGUAGCCUCAAACCUGAAGAUGUUGGCACUUAUACCGUCCAGCUGUCUUCACGAGGACAACAGUGUGACAGCGCGACUUUCAAUGUGACUGUUCAAGAGCAAAUGCAAAAUACAGGAGCAAACGACGCGACCCCAGAGCUGUUAACCACACCGAGACCUGGCAGUCGGCGGCCUUCCGAUGGCCGGGGAACAUCUCCCAAGCCAAGCCUUCUCGACCCGAAGUUGUUGGAGCAACAACUACAAGCACGACGUGACUCUGCUAGCAGUCGACGCACCUCUCUAGCGGAAGCCAUUCCCGGCUUCCCGAUGCUCAAGCAUCGAGAGGCUCCCAAAGUAGAGAAAGAAAAAUUUAUUGAAGACCUGAAGGAUGUAAAAGCGAAGGAAGGUCAACCCAAGCCACAUUGA